CGCCUGCUUAGCCGAUGCCAGCGCACUCCCGCCCCGUCUCCCGCAACCCGUAGCCCCACCACAGCUGCCUCCCCCUCCCAUCCCAUGGCGCAGCGCCCCGCUGCCGCCGCCGUCUUCGUCGCCGCCGCCGUGGUGGCCCUGCUCCUGCUCCCUCCUUCCGCGGCGGCGGCGCCCGUGGGGGUGAACUGGGGCACGAUGAUGUCGCACCCCAUCCACCCGUCCGCGGUGGUUGAGAUGCUGCGCGCCAACGGGGUCGACCGGGUGAAGCUCUUCGACGCCGACCCCUGGACGGUCGCCGCGCUCGCCGGGUCGGGCGUGCAGGCCAUGCUCGCCGCGCCCAACGACCAGCUCGCCUCCCUCGCCCGCGACCCGCGCCGCGCGCGCGAAUGGGUCCGCCACAACGUCACGGCCAACGUCAACGCCGGCGUCGACGUCAGGUAUGUGGCUGUUGGCAAUGAACCUUUUCUGAAGAGCUAUAAUGGCAGCUUCAUCAACAUUACCUUUCCAGCACUCAAGAACAUGCAGAGGGCUCUAGAUGAGGCUGGCUUUGGCCAACGCAUCAAGGUAGUUGUGCCACUGAAUGCGGAUAUAUACAGCUCCCCUGAGAACAAACCAGUGCCAUCUGCUGGGAGUUUUCGCAAGGAUAUCAAUACCCUCAUGGUUGACAUUGUUAAUUACCUCCAUGCAAAUGAUGCGCCCUUUGUGGUUAACAUCUACCCAUUUCUCAGCCUAUAUCAGAAUCCCAACUUCCCGCUGAAUUUCUCCUUCUUUGAUGGUGCUACCAAGCCAGUAUUUGAUCAAGGAAUGGUCUACACUAAUGUGUUUGAUGCCAAUUUUGAUACUCUUGUCUGGUCAUUAAGGAAAGCUGGAGUGCCCGACAUGAGAAUCAUUGUUGGUGAAGUUGGCUGGCCAACGGAUGGUGAUAAGAAUGCUAACAUCAAAUACGCACAGAGGUUCUAUAAUGGUUUUCUGAGGAAGGUGGCCAAAAAUAUUGGCACACCUCUGAGACCUGGUCGUAUGGAAGUUUACCUGUUUGCAUUGAUUGAUGAGAACCAGAAGAGUGUCCUGCCUGGACGCUUUGAGCGUCACUGGGGACUAUUCACUUAUGAUGGAAAACCAAAGUUCUCUAUGGAUCUCAGUGGAAAUGGCAAAGGCAAUUUGGCUGAAAUUAAAGGGGUGCAAUACUUGCCAUCACAAUGGUGUGUAUUCAACAAGGAUACAAAGGAUAAAUACAAAGAUCUGCCAGCCUCUGUAAACUAUGCAUGCUCAAAUGCAGAUUGUACGCCACUGGGGUAUGGGGCCUCAUGCAAUGGUCUCAGCCAUGAUGGGAACAUAUCAUAUGCAUUCAACAUCUAUUUCCAGACAAUGGAUCAGGAUGUCAGGGCUUGUUCUUUUGGAGGCCUUGCAAUGAUCACAGCGACAAAUGCUUCACAAGGAGGGUGCUUGUUUCCAGUACAGAUUCUGAGUGCUUCAGGAAGAGUGGUGCCACUGAUAUUUUGGCCUAUAACCUUGGUUAUGCUAGUCUCUGUGAUCAAUCUACUGUAGACAUGGACGGAUAGUAGUAAGCACUGAAAUAUUGGGUUACUGAAGCGGUAAUAGGUUUGCACAUACACAGGAAAGAAUAGUCACUCAAGAUGAUGUUGAUGAGGACAACAAAAUUGUCAAACACAGUCGUGUUCUCUGUGCUACUGGCAGUAGUACCAUACCUCAUUAACUUUGAUAGUGAGAAAGCUAAAAUUUGACAUGUGGUCGGUAGAAGCUGAUGAUCUCGCAUAUCAACAAGUGUUAAGUCCUGAACCUUUUACCACAUCCAUUGCUGUGCUGGCUGCUGAUAUUUUACAGCAACAUGGCUUUCACUUUCUUUUCGAUACCAAAUACCGAUGCUACCUGUUCACUGAGUAACAGUCUGUGUCUGUCGUAUGUGAAGCGAACAAUUUGCGCAGCACCUGCAGCAUUACUACCCUGUCUUUUAUUUACAGGUUUGCUCUCGUCUGGAUGUAUGAACCAAGUGAAAGAAACUUUUCUUGUUUCAUGAUAGCUACACUGGAUUCCCAUGUGUGGUAUUUUUGUCUGUUCACUACUCCAGUCACUUCUCUAGGGAGAGAACAUAAUGCUGAUCAUUGUCCCUUGUUCA